GUUGACAUGGGAAGGGGUGACCUUAUCAAAAAAGGUCGACUAUUUUUUUAUUUCAUUCAUAGUUAUCCAGCGACAUUCCAAAUGAUUAAUUUUAUUGGUUGGAAGCCUGGGGCAAAUAUGCCAAAAGUAGCAAGGAGAGGCUCUCAAAGUGUAUCUUUUAAAGAUCUCUCAAAAUUUAUAGAAACUGAAAUGACAAGCAAAGAAAAUGAUGAAUUUAAUUAUAAAUGA